CGAUUUUCCCUAGGAUUCCGCAACGUACGUGAAUAGGUUGAGGUCGCGAUUAUUCCCCACCGCAAAAUUCCUGAAAAUGUAGUAUUCCAGAUAAAUACAAGUGGUUUUCUUUGAGAACAGGAGAAAGGUGAAGUGAACAGGGUAACAAGAUGGCAGAGCCAGGUAAAUUGGACUUAGACAGUGCACUGCAUGAAUUGGGAAUGCUCAGUGCUGUCACUAAUAGUAGAAAGGAAUAUUUGAAAGAGAAAGAAUCAAAAAAUGAUACUUGUAAAACUUCCAAACAUGGAUUUACAGUUGUUCAGAUGAACUCAGCAUUUGUUACGCGACUACAGCCAGUAAAGUCGCUUCCAACAUCAUGGAAAAGCCUCACCGAUAUUCCAUCACACAAGUUUGAUGAAGAAACAGACAAAAGUAGAAGAGCCUCCUAUCCUCUUCCCACUGGUAGUGAUUUCUAUAUUAGUCACCAUCGUGUGGCAAAAAUGCACAGAUCGCGUGUUAGAUUUCGCAAACCAUACACAGUUCCCAAAAAGAGGGCCUGCAUAAGAAGAUGUAGCGAGAGUGAUGAAGUAAUAACUUCUAAGGUUGACAAUGGUAACCAAGGAGAAGGGAAAGAGAAGAUAAAAUUUGCUAAACGUCCUGUGAGAAAAAUCAAGAGAUCCAAAUCCCUGGACGAUCUUUGUCUUACUAAAUUGCACAUUGAUGAGAAUGGUACAACACAGAGAAAAGACAUUGAGAAAAUAGCACUGAACUUGAUGAAUUUAACAGUGUCAUAGCAAAAAUAGUUUAUUUAGUUGCAGAUCUACUGUAUCUCUUUAAAUAUGUUUAUAUUCAAAUACUGUAGAAUACUUUAUUUUCGCUUGGAAUUUAUUUUCGCUAUUUUCGCUGAAAGGAUGAUUCCGGGAAAAUAAAUUCCAGCGAAUAUACUUUUUUCCCUAUAUUUCACAUUCAACUCGUCAAAAAUCAGUGAAAAUAAAUUCCAUACAAAACACCCUAAAUGCCU